UAUCUGUGUCUGUAAGCGUGUUUGCAUUGAUCCUCAAAGGACUGAAUGCCAACUCUCAUGACCACAUUUGCAAUGUGUGUAUGAAAAUAAGUAUAAAUACUUAUUUAAUAAAAGCUCACAAAAUACCACUAAUAAAAGGCCGGUUAGAAUAAUGUAUUUCCCACAAAUCACUGCCUCUGUUUGUAUCUCUGUCACUGCAGGACCAACGUGGAUCGAGAAGUCAGCGCUCUCAGGAGGCCGACAAUUUCAUUGAAGAAAGAAGUGGAAGAAAAAAAUACAACCGUGACGAGUUUGGGAAAGAUUUUACUGUGAAAGCUUCCCUAAAAAUGCAUCAAGUUAUCCACACCGGAGAGAGACCGUUCAGCUGUGGAGACUGUGGAGAGUCUUUUACCAGGUCUGCAAGCUUAAAAAGACACCAACUGAUCCACAGUGGAGAGAGACCGUUCAGCUGUGGAGACUGUGGAGAGUCUUUUACCAGGUCUGGAAAGUUAAAAACACACAAACUCAUCCACAGUGGAGAGAGACCGUUCAGCUGUGACGAGUGUGGAAAGUCUUUUACCAGGUCUGGAAAGUUAAAAACACACAAACUCAUCCACAGUGGAGAGAGACCGUUCAGCUGUGACGAGUGUGGAAAGUCUUUUACCAGGUCUGGAAAGUUAAAAACGCACAAACUCAUCCACAGUGGAGAGAGACCGUUCAGCUGUGACGAGUGUGGAAAGUCUUUUACCAGGUCUGGAAAGUUAAAAACACACAAACUCAUCCACAGUGGAGAGAGACCGUUCAGCUGUGACGAGUGUGGAAUGUCUUUUACCGAGUCUGGAAGCUUAAAAACACACAAACGCAUCCACAGUGGAGAGAGACCGUUCAGCUGUGACGAGUGUGGAAAGUCUUUUGCCCACUCUGGAAGCUUAAAAACACACAAACUCAUCCACACUGGAGAGAGACCGUUCAGCUGUGGAGACUGUGGAAAGUCUUUUACCAAGUCUGGAAGCUUAAAAAGACACCAACUAAUCCACACUGGAGAGAGACCGUUCAGCUGUGGAGACUGUGGAAAGUCUUUUACGCGCAUUUCACACUUAAAAUCACAUCAACUCAUCCACAGUGGAGUUAAAGCGUACACCUGUGAUCAGUGUGGCAGAGCUUUUACUCACAGUUACAGCUUACAGAGUCAUCUAGUUACCCACUCUGGCAUUAAGGCGUACAGCUGUGACAUUUGUGGAAAAACUUUCAGCCGGAUAGGGAGCCGAAAUACACACCUACGCAUUCACACCAGACAUGAUGUGUACAGCUGUGAUCAGUGUAGUAAACAGUUUACUACAAACACAGAGUUACGACGUCACAUGUUUACCCACACUGAGGAACGACCUUAUAAAUGUGACCUGUGUGAGAAGACUUUUAAAUCUCCACGUUACCUGAAAGCACACCAACAGAUCCACACCAGAAAGACUCUACAAGUGCAGUUACUGUGAGAAGCAGAGCGACACAGAUGGAUCAAGUUCUCAACCCUGUCAUCGCUGUGGGAAAGACUUUUGUUGUGACCUUUGUGGAAAAACUUUAAGUCAUUGAAGGACUCUGAAAAUACAUCAACGUAGACACACUGGAGACAAAAUGAACUACUGUAAAGAAUGCGGGAGAGGCUUCACCACUUCAAAGGACUUCAAACAAUAUGAACUCCUUCACAGUGGCGUUAAAAAGCAUGUCUGCGAUCAGUGUGGGUCA